GGAAAGCAAACAUGUUACAAUAUAGGCAUUUAUUGUAAAGGGAUUUAUCAUUUACUUGAUAACAUUAUCUUGGUCUGUCCUUACUCAUUUCCAAACCGGACAUCGCGUUUGGUUCCUGUCCUACUAGGAAAUGUGAGGCCCCAUAGGGAGUUAUUGUCUUCAAUUGGCUUUCACCAAACAAACUGUACAGCUCUUGAAGAACUCGGUACUCGACUAGCUCACACUGACUGAGAGAUUUUUAAUAUGGUUGCGAUGUCGCCAGCAUCAACACUUUUCACUUCAGCGUCUAAUUUUUCGUCGAACGCAACGACGAGCACUCCGUCGGCUGCCCCAUUUGAAGUCAAUCCCAGUUUGGGACUUGUUGUGGAGGUCGUGAUUAUACUCCUGAUCUGUGGACAUUUUCUUAUCAUCACAACACUCGGUCUAUACAAACCGUGGAAUAUCGCCGACUUGCUGUUAUUUUCGCUCUCGGUGGCCGAUGCCGUAAACGCGGCGAUCCCACUUCAGAUGUUAAACUUAUUGAAUAACUUUAUCGGACCGCAUUUAUGGACUCGAGCGUCCUGCGCCGUGUUUGUUAUAUUGACCUACACAUUCCGUAUUGCCUCUGUGUGCACAAUAACUCUGAUAUCAGGCGAUCGAGCGAUUCUGUUGACGCGCCCACUACAGCAUCAUAUCAUUGUUACAACAGGGCGGGCGAGGCUGGCUGUCGUCGCGAUUUGGCUGUUUUCUAUUUUCAUGUCGAUAUUGCCUUUUAUUGGGGUUGGAAAACCAGGCUAUCGGGACGGCUUCUGCUUUUAUCAAUUGUUUGAUUUUGGAGUGGCGUAUGGCUAUAUCAUCGAAAGUAUUGGUAUCCUCCAGCUAAUUAUUGUAUUGGUCUGCUUCAUUGCAAUCAAGUUAUCAAGCUGGAAGUUUGUGAAGCGCCAGUCAACGAUGGCAGCCGCUAGACAAACUGGCGGGAAAAGUCAGCAAGCGCGGGAAACGGCUGGCACACGGCAAGUGAAGCAGAUGUCAACCAUGACGGCGAUCGUGGUGAUGCUGUACUACAUCAGUUGGUUGCCUUAUUUGUUAAUUAACCUUUACAGUAUGGUGACUGGACAAAUCAACCAUUCACUGGUGAUCAUCAUUGGUUUCUUCUCGCUUGUGAACGCUCUCAUCAACCCGAUCUUGUAUGGAAAAAUGAGCCUGAGAUACCGCCAAGGAUAUGUGUACAUCUUCAAGAAAAUCUUGUCUCUGUGCGGGGCACAAAAACCCGAUGGUUCAUUUUUUGAUGCUACUCGUCGAGCUGCCUCUACGAUGGCAAGACAUUCAGCGGCUCAAGCUUCGUACAAAUCAGCAGCUCGUAAAAGUAUUGAUAUUUCAAAUGAAGAAGACGGAGUGCAGAGAAUGGAUAAUAAUAGCACUUCUUCAAGAGCAGCUGGAGUAAGAUUUGAGGUCAACGACAAGCGAGUGGUGGAAAAUGAAGAGGAUGGAACACACAGCGGGAUUUUUCUGAUUGAGGACGGCAAUGCUAAUUUCAAAAGUCUAGACACCAGCUCUCUGCAGGUUUCUGCGCAGAACAAAGACGAGGAACAUAAAACGACUGAUUCCGAGUACACAACGCUGGAUCAAAGUUUUGACAGUGCCCUGUAGAAUUUAUACCAUUGCGUAUGCUCUGCUGCCGUUUGGGCUUAUCUCGUACCCAGUUUACUGCUUGACUCAGGGCCAUGCCUAGAGCCGCUGAUUAGGCGAUUUUGCAGUUGUGUGCUUAGUUACCUGGCCUAUGAAUGCAAGUGAGGCUAGAGGUGACCUUGCUUUGAUAC